AUGCUCUUCGGCAAAACACUCAUUACUCUCCUGGUCAGCGCGACCAUCACCGCCAUCGCCGCUCCCGUGGACACCACCACCACCAUCACCAACCCAUUCAAUGCCCUAGCCGACCGAACCAGCAAAUCCCACACCACCACCUCCAAUACCGGCACUUCAAGUAACCCCUUCGCCAACAUCAAAGCCUCGACAUCCACCUGGGAAAGGGCCGCCAAACUCUGCAAAGAAGGCUACUCGAAGCGCGACCUCGACCUCCACGUCCGCACCAACAGCUGGCCCCCAGAGACACCCUCGGGGUUCAACAAGGUCGACAUGGGCGAAAUCAAAGGCGCCUUGGCCCCCAAGGGUCUGUGGACGUACGGCCUGGUGACUUGCAUUGGGCUGGGGGUUACAGGCACCCAGAAAGACGCAACCAAGGACGCGCGGAUUCUGAUGCACCUGCCGUCUACGAAGAAGUCGCUGGAGGAGAGAUGGGGUGAUUUGCUGAAACUGGUUGAAGAGGCUGGGAUGACGGAUAUGGAAGGGUGGAUGAGUAUCCCGGACACGGAGAAUCAGGUUCCGUCUGGAUGGAGUGCGGACCUGAAGGAACUGACGGAGGAGGUCGCGGAGGCGGCCGAGUGGGGGCUCAAACAGGUCAUUGGGAAGACUCCGAAGGUGGUGAAGAGGCCCAUGGCGCUGGCGAUUGCGCAUACCCUGCCGCAUGGGACGAUGCAGAUUGAUAAGGAGAAUAAGGUGGAGAUUGAUGGGGUGGAGUAUACGCAGUAG